CUCUGAAAGCUCAGUAUUCCCUGCACUCCAGAACAGACCGUUUCUACCUGGAGUUUCAUUGUCAGACAUGAAACUCCACUCCUGGCCAGUGGCCCCAUACGGUUUGGCCCUUCUGGCAUUCCUGUGUAAUUAUACUACAGCUGUGGAGAGACGCUAUUACAUUGCAGCUGUUAAUAUUAACUGGGAUUACACAUCUGCCGGACAGCAAAGGACUGGACCAUCAUAUAAAAAAGUAGUAUACAGGGAGUACAAUGAAGGAUUUACACAGGCUAAACCACAUCCUUUAUCCUCAGGGUUACUUGGGCCGACAUUGCGAGGACAAGAGGGUGACACAAUCAUUGUCACGUUUAAGAACAUGGCAGAUCAUCCCUGCAGCAUCCACCCACACGGCAUCGCUUACGGGAAGCAGUCAGAGGGAUCUUUAUACUUUGACAACACGUCACUCUAUGAGAAAGAGGAUGAUGUCAUUUUGCCCGGUCAAGAGCACACAUACCAAUGGGACGUGACGCCUGAGGUGACCCCUAUGGCUGCGGACCCCCCAUGCAUCACCUACACAUACCUUUCUCACUUUGACAUAGUCAAGGACUACAAUACAGGCUUAAUAGGCACAAUGCUGAUCUGCAAGAAAGACACCCUAGACAGCUCUGGAAAUCAGAUUCAUUUCCAUCAGGAGGCUGUGCUGUUGUUUGGAGUGUUUGAUGAGAACAAGAGCUGGUACAGCACCGGGGGCCCUGAACGGGCACACAAUGUGAAAUACACUAUAAAUGGCUAUACAAAUGGCUCUGUACCAGAUCUGGACAUCUGUGCCCACUCCAAAGUCAGCUGGCACCUGCUGGGAAUGAGCUCUGAGCCAGAGCUCUUCUCUGUACACUUCAACGGGCAAGUCUUACUGCAUGAUGGGCACAAGACCUCCUCUGUUGGGAUCAUUAGUGGAACUGCCACAAGUGCCAGUAUGACUGGUGUCCACCCCGGCCGUUGGCUUAUUUCCUCUCAUAUUAGCAGGCACUUGGAAGCUGGUUUGCAUGGGUACCUAAAUAUCAAGACGUGUGAUAAGUACACAGCACCAAAAAGACGGCUUACCAUCCAGCAGAAGCAAGAAAGCCAAGAGUGGACUUACUACAUAGCAGCAGAAGAGGUCAUCUGGGAUUAUGCUCCAAAUAUGCUGGAAAACAUGGAUGGGGAUUUCCGAUCAAAAUAUUUAAAGCAGGGGCCUCAGCGAAUAGGUAAAAAAUACAAAAAAGCAGUAUUUACCCUGUAUAAAGAUGGCACGUUUAAAGAGAGAGCGGAAGACAAGCAAAGAAAGAAAGAGCUUGGUAUUCUCGGGCCAGUGAUAAGAGCUCAAAUCAGAGAUGUCAUAAAGAUUGUCUUUAAAAACAAAGCAUCACGUCCGUACAGUAUCUAUCCUCAUGGACUGACCAUUGAUAAAGCAGCAGAAGGAGCCAGUUAUCCUGCGGGAGGGAAUCAGACACAUGGGAUUCAACCAGGAGAGACUUACACAUAUACAUGGAGUGUUUCUGAGGAAGAUGUACCAACGGACAGUGACCCCAGAUGUCUGACCAGGAUGUAUCACAGUGCAGUGGACACUCCUCGAGACAUUGCUUCUGGUCUUGUGGGUCCUCUUCUCAUCUGUAAGAGCCAGUCCCUCAACAAAAAGAAUGCCCAGCUGAAAGCAGACAAAGAACAGCAUGCCAUGUUUACCGUGUUUGAUGAAAACAAAAGCUGGUACCAUGAUGAGAACAUUAACACAUACUGCAGUGACCCCAGAAGAGUUAAAAGAGACGAUCCAGAGUUUUACAAAUCAAACGUAAUGCACACAAUCAACGGCUAUGUAUAUGAAAGUGGCCAUGCAUUGGGAUUUUGUAAUGGUGAAAUUGUGACCUGGCACGUAUCAAAUGUUGGCGAACAAGAUUACAUCCAGACUGCCACUUUUUAUGGCCAUACAUUUGAGCUCAAAAACAGAGAAGAGGAUAUGCUCAAUCUGUUUCCCAUGACUGGUGAAACUAUCACUAUGAACAUGCUUAAUAUAGGCAUUUGGCUUUUAGCAUCACUGAACUCUCACGAUUCCACUAAAGGAAUGAGGGUGAAAUUCAAGGACCUUGAAUGCUUCAGAGAUUACGUAAUGGAAUAUGAUUAUGAACCAGAAAAAUUCACUGUAUGGAAACCUGCGUCCAUCAAUGACAUUAAAAAAGAGGAACCUAAAAUACUAACCCCUGCCGUGAUUGACGAGGACACUGAAAACUAUGCAGACUUCUUAAACUUGAGGUCGCUCAAACACUUUUCAGACGAUGUUGAGCAAAUUGACCUUUCGAUACUAGAUUUUGAUGAUGGUAUAUUCCCGGCUGUUGAGACAAAAAGUCCAGCCCCAAGCGACGAGUUCAAAUCACACAAUGCUACACUCAAAUCUUUCAAUCAGAUUAAUUCAACUGAAGAGGCUGGUUUGGACAAUAGACAAUCUUCAAAUAAAAUCUCGAAUGAAAGCACAGAAGAGGCAAGCAUUUCUGAUUCCAAACCAGAGGUCAUGCUAAACAAUGAAACGGACAGUAUUAUCUCACAUUUUCCAGUUGUAGAAAGAAAAGUCCGCAGUGUACCAACAAACCCAAUGAAUGAAACGGAAAGUGUUUCCACAAAUGUCACUCUUGAUAUUGAAAUAAAUACCAACCCAGCAGAACAUGCCAGUUUGUCAUUAGAGACAGACAGCGUCUUUAUGAAUACUUCUCAUGUAGAAAACAUCAGUUCAUCAUUAGAGACAGACAGUGUUUCUGUUAAUACUACUCAUGUUGAAAACAUCAGUUCAUCAUUAGAGACAGAGAGUGUUUCUGUGAAUACUCAUUCUCCAGCAAUUGAAACCAACAUCACUGACACAACGAAUGAAACACACAUUUUCUCCACUAAUACCAGUAUCACUUCAUCUGAUGCUACAGUUGGUGACAGAAACAUCACCAUGGAAGAUGACAGUCCAUUUCUAAAUUCUUCUGAAUCAAACUUCCCGCUAUCAAACCAAACCUCAGUAAACCAAACAAUUAUUCAAGAAGAGGCAAAUGCUAAAAACAGCACUGAAUUAGCGGAUGGCGACCGUGAUAGUUCGGGUCACAUCUUUGUAUACCAAGUGCCUAGUCCUGAUUUUCUCUCCAACAGCUCAGAGACACAAACUGAGGAGGAUUUCGUGCUUCUGGAUGGUGGUAAUCCUUUGGAAAUUUCAACAGAUUAUAAAACUGUAGUAGAAUAUAAUGUCUCACCAAUGGACACACCAGAGAAGAUUGGUGAAUUAACUGAAAACACAACAAGGAUUGAAGAAGUCAACGGCACAAAGGUGAAUUACACCAGUGAGAUGUUUUCGCAGAUAAAUUCUGAAACCGAGAGCGUUUUUAAUCUCAGUUCAUCUUCGCCUUCGGAAAAAAGCACGUUGCAAAGCAAUGAGUCUGAAUCUUUAAAUGCAACAUUGUCUGAUUUCAGUCUCGGCCUGGAAUCUGAAAUGACAGAGAACAGAACAUCAUCCACUAAUGUUACAAUGAAACCGUACAGUAACACCACAUCAGAGGUCUUUUCUUCAGAAAGUAUGGAGAAUGCAUCCUUUUCUCUUGUCCCUUUCAAUGUUUCGUCCACAAAGAACGUCUCAGAAAGCGAAAGCGAAGAGGAAGUAGUCAUCUAUCUGAAAAACAAUCACAGCGAGGCCAUACUCACAUCUCAUCUCGAUCCAAAAGAAGAGCACUGGGGUUAUGAAGGCAAACAUGAACUGGUUCACAGGGAAAACCCAGAGCACAUGAACAAAUACAUCUCAGGCAAGUUUGCAGCCAAUUUAAAUAAGCCAAAGAAAAAAAAAAUAGUUCAUCAGAGGGUAAAGCCAAAAAAGGGAUUUGGCAUGAAAACAAAGAAAAGAAAAGAGUAUAAGCCACAGCAACGUUCAGAGUUUUCUCCGAGGGGUUUUUCUCCAAGAGGUUUUGCACCUUCUGGGUUAACCCCAAGAGGAACCAGGCCUGUGUCUAGCGAGGAUGAGCUGAUGGAGAAAUCCAUCAUCAUAGGAGUGCCAAGACAUGAUUUCAACGAUUAUGAGUUAUAUGUUCCAAAACAUGAGCAGGAUGCAGAUUUUGAUAGCAUUAUUAAUCACCAAGAAGAAUAUGAAUAUGUAGAGUACAAAGACCCUUAUAGCAAAGCAGCAGAUGUUCAAAGCCCAGUGCUUGAUGUAACAUCCCAGCAUUUCUUAAAAAUGGCUGGAGACAAGGAUACCAGAACUUAUUUCAUCUCAGUUGAGGAGGAAGAAUGGGAUUAUGCUGGUUACGGGCAGAGGAGGAUUGAUAAAUCUUCCCAUAGCGAGAGGCCCACAGCUUUCAAAAAAGCAGUGUUCAGAAAGUACCUGGACAACACCUUCAGUAUCCGAGACAUCCGCGGGGAAAUAGAUGAACACCUGGGAAUUCUGGGUCCAGUCAUUAAAGCUGAAGUUGAUCAGACUAUUAUGGUAUUUUUCAGGAACCUCGCUAGCCGUCCAUACUCUUUGCAUGCAAAUGGAGUAAAGUACUUAAAACAAAUGGAAGGCCUGAGUUAUGAUGAUCAGUCACCGUAUUGGUACAAACAGGACGAUGCCGUACAACCCAACAGCACUUUUAUCUACAUGUGGACUGUAAAUUCCAAAUCUGCACCUCAAAAUAAUGAAUCUGACUGUCGAACGUGGACCUACUACUCUGCAGUGAAUCCUGAGAGAGAUAUAAACUCUGGGCUGAUUGGGCCGCUUCUGGUGUGCAGGAAGGGUAUACUGGAUAAAAAGCCUAUGGACAGAAGAGAGUUUGUCCUGCUUUUUAUGACGUUUGAUGAGAAUAAGAGCUGGUACUACGAGGAGAAUCGGCAGAGGAUUGAAAAGAAAAACAGAAGAGCAGUCAUGGAUCCAAAUUUUCAAAACAAUUUAAAAUUUGAUGCUAUCAACGGUAUUAUCUACAGUCUCAAGGGACUACGGAUGUACACAAAUCAGCUAGCGAAGUGGCAUCUGAUCAACAUGGGCUCUCCUAAAGACCUCCACAGUGUCCAUUUCCAUGGUCAAACGUUCAUAAACAAGGAAUUAAAGGACCACCGUCAGGGUGUUUACCCACUUUUACCUGGUGGAUUUGCCACACUGGAAAUGUUGCCUUCAAAGCCUGGUCUCUGGCAGCUGGAGUCUGAAGUUGGACUCUCACAGCAGAGGGGAAUGCAGACGUUAUUCCUUGUGUUAGACAACGUCUGUGAUCAUGCUCUUGGUCUCGUCUCUGGAACUGUGAAAAAUGGACACAUAACAGCAUCUGACUCUAGAGGACAAUGGCAUCCUUAUUUGGCCAGACUCCACAAUACUGGGAAAUACAAUGCAUGGAGUACAACAAAGACAGGACAGUACCUUCAGGUGGACUUCCAAAGGCCGGUAGUGAUUAGUAAAGUUGCCACACAGGGAGCCAAGCAAUUCUUAAAACAUAAUUUUGUGCUGAACUACACCAUUUCCUACAGCACUGACAAAAAGAAGUGGACCUUCUACAAGGGAGACAGUGACACUGUCAGAAAGACUUUUGACGGAAACAGUGAAGCUUAUGACACAAAGGAGAACAUAUUUUUCCCACCUCUGAUUGGUCGAUACGUGAGGCUGCAUCCUUUACAUUCUUACAACUUCCCAACUGUCCGUUUAGAGUACUAUGGUUGUGAGCUUGACGGUUGCUCUGUGCCAUUGGGAAUGGAAAGUGGGCUGAUUAAAGAUGAUCAAAUCACUGCCAGUUCUGUGGCCUCCAGUUGGUACUCUGGCCAGUGGCAUCCUUGGUAUGCACGAUUAAAUAAACAAGGGACCGUCAAUGCAUGGCAAGCCAAGAACAAUGACAUUCAGCCAUGGAUCCAGGUGGAACUCAAGGAUGUAAAGAAGAUAACUGGGAUUAUAACACAGGGGGCCAAAGCUUUACGUAAUGAGAUGUUUGUAACAGCAUAUUGUCUGGAGUACAGUGAAGAUGGCAAGAGAUGGACAAAGUACACAGAUGAUGAGGAUUAUGAACAAAAGACUUUUCAAGGCAACACAGAUAACAAUGGCCAAGUAAAGAACUACAUCUACCCACCAAUAUUUUCCAGAUUCAUCCGAAUUAUUCCAAAACAAUGGCAGAAGUCCAGCACUAUGAGGAUUGAGCUGCUUGGCUGUGAUUGUGAAUAACCACUAUGCUUUUACUGAUAUGACAACAUAUAUAUUUUUUUAAUCUAUAGCUUGUGUUAUAAUUGAAUAUUUUAAAUAAAUGCUGAAUCUAUUUUUAAA